UCCAGGCCAAGCGCAAAACAGCAUUGUUGCGUUCUGCUAUCCGGGCAGUCGCUUUUCAAUGUUGUUAUUACCAUUCGAAGUGUUUUAACCGACUGUUAUCUGCAACAUGCAAGGCUUUGUUACUUCCUGAUGUGUUAACGUGCAUCGCUAUAGAUAAGAUUGAAUGAAAUGGCGCGUUAUGGAGCUCCCGACCCAUGCGCCUUGCUUCAGGAACUCCUGAAGGCUGCCACAGGGGAACUGUUGACGCGUACGCUCAUGUCGAUUGACGGUGCGAAGGACUUGGUCAUUGAACAGGACCUCAUAUUUCCACUGGAUCACAUUGCCAGUGCUGGAGUGUUGAAGAGAACUUGCAGUGUGGAAAAAAUCUACAAGUUAGAAACAACUGCACCACCUACGGGCAACAAACAAUGUGCGUAUCUUGUGAGGUCAACGAUUGCAAACAUGAAAGUCAUAGCCAACCACAUCACAUACCACAAGCAGAACAAGAAGGAAUGCAAGUAUUACAUCAUCUGUAUCCCCAGAAAGACCCAUGUCUGCGAGCAGACACUAGAAAGCGAAGGGGUUUUCGGCUAUGUGAAGCUUCUGGAGUAUCCUCUGGGCCUCAUUCCGUUGGACACUGAUCUUUUCUCACUGGAACUUCCUGGUUUCUUCAGCACGUUUUUCAUCGAUGGUGACUGUGCAUGGACAAGCUGUAUAGCACAAUCCAUUCUUCAGCUGGAAAGCUUAUGUGGUCCUGUCGACCACAUUUAUGCCCAGGGAAACUGUGCUGAGGGUGUGCUAAAAGUUAUGAAGCUGUUCCCCACUGACUUUUCCAAACCCAAGGAACCUUCGUUGCCACGAAUCAGUCAUUUGUUUCUGUUUGACAGAGACAUAGACUAUGCUAGUGUUCUUCUCACUCAACUCACUUAUUCUGGUCUUCUGGAUGAGUACUUUGGUAUUAAGAGUGGUAAAGUGACUUUUGACAAGAAAGUGACGGGGAAGGACCAGGAAAUGCGGCUUACCGUCAACAGCACAGACCUGGUCUACAAGGAGAUCAGAGAUGCACACUUUGGAAGUGUCUUCGUGCUGCUUAAGGAAAAAGCUCAACAGCUACAAUCAAAGUACAAUGAGAGGCAUGGAAUGAGCAUCGGAGACAUGAAGAACUUUGUCGCCAAUGAACUCAAGUCCUUGCAACAACAGCACAGCUCAUUGGCAGUGUACAUUGGGUCAUGUGAAGUUAUCAAAAACUCCCGCACCAAUUUUGAAGGGCAGCUGAGAACAGAACACAGUUUGCUGGAAGGCUUAGAAGUGAGGGAAGGAAUGAACUUCAUAGAGGAGUGCAUCAACCGGCAGCAAUCUGCAAUAGGCACUUUGCGCCUGCUUUGCCUGCUGUCACUCACUCAAGAUGGCAUUCCAUCCCAGGAGUACAAGACCCUCACGCAGCAGUUUCUGCAAAGCCACGGCCAUCACCAUAUGUGGACAUUCCAUCUUCUAAAGAAGCUUGGCCUGUGCCAGGACCAGGGAGCAAGCCGAAUAGGCGGGGCCGCCGCUUCGGCUAUGGCUCCAACCCUUGCCAGCAAGGUGGCUGCGGCCAUGGCGUCUCUUCCAAGGGCAACACGCUUCAGUGCCGUCACCAAAAGGCUGAGUCUGAUUCCACCCAAUGCUGGUGAUAGCUAUGACCUCAAGAAUCCUCGAGACAUGGGCUAUGUGUUCAGUGGUGCCUACAUCCCAGUGGCGUGUAGACUGGUGGAGCAGAUUCUUUUGAAAGAUGGAAUUCACGGCUAUGAAGAUGCUCUGAAGCUUCUACCUGGCUCGACCACAACAUACACCAAUCCGCAUUCUAAAGAUCCUUCGCAGGCUAAGAUUGUCAUGGUGUAUUUCCUGGGAGGUGUGACAUUUGCAGAAAUUGCUGCACUCCGGCUUUUAGCAAAACUGAAAGGUUACCACAUACUGGUCGCGACAACUGCCACCAUCAACGGCAACAGCCUACUCGAAAAUGUCAUCAUGAAGGGGCGAUAAUGAUGGAUGCAAAAGGAGGACCCGACAUCAUUGUGGUCCAUAUACAGCUGUGCACACCAGUACCACUGCGCUGUUCCCUAGCUUUUUGAACUGAGGUGGCUGGCCAUCUCACCAGAUGUCAGGCAACCAAUGUGUGGUUAGAUCAGCUCUGCAGCACCUCUUGUGGGUUUAGCCAUUUCUUUGCUGUCUUCUGCUGUUCUACUUCUCUCGUUACUGUGAAUGUGCUCGUUCAUACCUGCUGCAUCACGUGCAGCACUAUCAGUACAUUGCUCGUUGUGAAAGGUUUGGGAUUCAUUCGUUUCACAACAAUCAGAACUUGCGAAUUCGUUUAGCAUUAUUGCAGGAAAGAUGUGCCAGACAACAUGGAUGCAAGGAAGAGUAAUUAACAACUAGUGUUAUUACCUGCUAAAGAAUAGCACGAAAGGAAAUACUGCCUCGAUAAGAAAGUUCUGCAGUCCUUCAAUAGAUCAGUUGUAAGUAGCGCAUCGUGUGUACUGUACUCUUUGUCGUGUUCGUGUUGUUUGUUGCUUCAUUUCUGCAAUCAGUUUUAUUUCCUGUUUGGCCAAUCAGCUGAGGGAAUGUGCUCCACUUCUCUGUUCUGACAAAAUCGUCUGCUGUGGCUUUCACAUGUGGUGAUGACAGCGUAUUGCGUCUUGCGGUGCCUUGUGCAGAAUGAGACAUUGUGAAAGACUCAGACACGGAAAAGAGCAAAUGGUGGUGUUGUGUAACCUGAAUGACAAGAAUUUGAGCACUCACCAGUGUGUAUCAAUCUCAAUGAAAACCCUUUGCAUUGUGGAGCAGGACAUAUACAGCGUACUGCUAUUGUGCACCAGUGAAACGGAAACAAGUUAUGGCUCUCUGGAGUGCAUUCUGUCGUUGCCAUUUCAACACUUAGUAUGAUGUUGGUGGGAUUUUAACUCGUACGCCCAGUCCGGGGCCUAUGCCAUGUUUGGCAACGAGACGUGUAGCGAUGCGCUGUUGCACUCAUGAGUUGUUACCUGUGAGCGGUGUUCUACAUUAUAUUUUCACGUUCACAUUGUUCGAUGAUAGUACUUGACUGUUUGUCUUCACGCUAUAACUCUCGUUCACCCUACCUACUUAUUGUAUCUAGCAUGUUUGACCAAAUCUUGUGCAGUUGGCGAAACAUUGUCAUAAAUGAACACAACCAGCCACUUACAGUUGUCAUGCCAUCAUAAUGGUGUUUGCAUCACAAGCUGCUGUGACUACAGUGCAAGACACAGCUGUUCAUGUGCCGGUGUCACAUUGUAAACUCACCUGGCUUGCCGGUGUGUGCGAGAUCAUUUGUGCACCACAGCUCACUGGGAGGCUGGAUAUGUCAAAGAUACAAAGCGAUCAGCCAGGACACCAAUCAUGCCCAUGAAAUAGGCAUGGUUUGCUCUCCCCUAAAAAGCAACCACGCAAACAUGCAAGCUGCAUCAGCCCAUCUUGAAGUUGUCUGAAUGUACAUUCGAUUCUAUAAACACCAUGAUUUGACAUCUUGAAGCUGAAUGUGUGCAUGCUAUUCAAUUCGGCAUUGCAAUGUAAUCAUAGGAAGUAAGAAACUUCAACACUUAAGGUUCGUGUAGCAUGAAUUUGUAAACUUUUGGGACCCAUUGUAAACCUUUUGUAAACCUUUUGAAUUUGUAAACCUUUUGGGACCCAUAUACCAAAACCUUUAAAGGAUAAUUCUAGUAGCACAUGAUGUGCAAAUUACCAGACGUUGCUGUUAUCACACUUCCUUUUUGACUGACUGUGUAUACAUUUUCUCAUGUUUGCACAACAUUUGUCUUUUGUCAGUCUGUAGAGCCUCUCCUGGAGUGCCAGGACACCAGCGUAAGCCUGAUUCUCUAGGCUUUUUUUAUGCACAGAUGCUUCGUGAUUGGAGGUUAUUUAGAAAUGUGGUGACGUCGUGGCAACGCACAGCGAUCCAGACGACACAAAUGGUUCACAGCAAUAUGAAUACACUUGAAACAGUCAACAGUGGCCAAACAGAUUAAUUAAAUGACGCUUUAGCCUAGAGCCAAUGUUUCGACAAGAGCACUUGUCUUCGUCAAGAUGUGAAAAAUACAAGUGCACUUUGGAACCUUGGCUCCAGCCAGGGACAUCCCUUGUUCACCCACUGUUGAUCAAAGCACAGGGAGGAACUUGAGGUUGAUUUGUGAGAUAUAGAGUUGCAAAAGCAGGCAACUUGAUAUUGGAGUGAAGUGAUGUCUCUGUUUUCUCGAAACUGCGUUUAAUCACCUUUCUACCCAAAGCAGAUUCCUCUUGCCAAUGCCACACACACCAUCUCCAAUCACUAAUUAUUGUACCCCAAACAUCAGAUGCCUUUUUCUGAUGACUUUGCUUUAGGAAUUCAUUUGGUGUGAAGCUUUUUCCUGCCAUUGGAUUAAUAGGAAGAUUUAGCUUGUCCGUAUUAUUACUGCAUUACCGGAACCAUGGAUGGUUGUAGUAAGGCCGGUAGUGACAUCUAGUGAUGCUUUGUCCAACUACAGUGUGUUUGGAAUUAACUUGUGUUGCGUGAGUGUUCUUAUUGAAGAAACAUAAUAAAAAGGACCGUGUGUUAAUGGUUAUGUUGCUACCAAUGCUUUACACCAGCAGUUAUUUGGAAUAUGGUGGGUCAUUGCAGUACAUUAGCUUUGUGUGCUGUCUAGGUCACAAGAUGUCUCUACUGGCAUUGAUGUCAUAAGCCUCUCUGAUAACCUGGUAUUCCACAAAUGCUAACAUGUUUACAGACCAGUUAAAUCUAUUUAAUAUCUUGCCAUAUUGCCUGCCAUUCCAACAAGACUGGCAUGCACCUUCAGUCAAUGACCAGUUUGUUUAGAAGCGGCGACUUUUAGCUCUUAGUAAACUGCAAAUUUUUUUUUGUGCCGAGUGUUUUUUCUCUUCUGGUUUGGCAUUGCUGGGAGUCCACAGCAAACAAGACUGUAGUAGACGAGGAAGAAGUGUGCAUUGUGAAGAAGUUGGUCUUGAGAAUAUGGCAGUGUCCACUAUGGUAGCCUGCAGUUGUUGCAGUAGAAAAGUUCCGAGUUGGAGGAAUCGCUGAAGUUGAUGUUUUUUUCUUGUGUGUGUGUGUGUGUGCAUGAACAUGUGCCUUGAGUUUGUUCACGAAAAAUAUUUAAGGCCCGCUUGUUUUGGAGAUGUUAAAGGGUCACUAAAUAGAGACACUAAAGCAGCUCAGACUGAUAAAGUGUUCAUUAAAACACUGUACUGUUUAAUUUUUAGCCGAUCGCUUGAUUAUUGCUGAAGGCAAUGAAGGUUAUUAAAUUUUGCACCAGAACUCCGGUGUGGGUGCAGUAGCGUGAUGUCGCGGAUUGUAAAGAAUUUUCUCGUAGUUGGGCCGUUGUGGCUCGAUAGAACUGCAGCUUGAAACUUGCCGACUUGAAUCCUUGUCUAUGUUAGAUUACAUCGUAGACAAUUUUUACCGGUAAAAUAUUAACUGGGCCCAAGCAGAUGCCAUCAAAACGCAUGUCACAGCGAGUUGGUGUAAAAACUUCAAGGUGGCAUUGCCACUUGUCUUUCAUUUUUGUGUCUUUUCUGGUUUGUCGAGCCUCUUUUUACACUGAGUGUUGUUUUUUCGAAGGGUGGGGGAGGAGGAGGUAUUGUAGAAGGGUAAGUUACUUGUACACCCCAAAUUAUUUUUAUCUUUAGUGUCCCUGUUCUGAAACCGCGUUAGCACAGCUGCAUAUUCCAGUCAAUGAAUUUGUGUAAAGUUCAGCUUCUAGGGACCACAAAUGUUUGUUUGUAUUAUGGUAAAUAUGAACUAUCUGAAGUUGAAUAAAGUAUGGUUAAAAAACAAAAUAAA